AUUUUAGGUUACGUGCAAAAGGCGUCUGUUUGUGUGUUUUGGCCCUUGGUUUUGUGUAAGUGUAAAAUUUGUGCUUUUUCUUUCUUUUCUAAAAUAAAACAUGAGAUAUAUCGUUGCAUAAUAAUCGUUUACUGUAGCAUAAACAAACAUUAAAAAUUUUGGGAUGGUAAAUGGUAGCUGCGGUUGGCUGCGAGUACUGAACGAUGGGUGUGCCUUGGUAGUCUGUGGAGAAUGGUUUUUCCACACACUGCGCCUGUGAAUCGAGGAGAAUGGCUUGUUCUGCUAAACCAGCGCGUGUCGUCCUGAAGCGAGCUGCCAAGGCGCGCGCUCAGGAAGCCAUAGCGGUAGAUGCCAGCGAAGCUGUAGUUUCAGCCUGGGAGCAGGCUAAGAGAAUAAAAGCUAAUCGGGAAGAUAACGAAGAACAGAAAAAAGAGAAGAAGGAUCUGCAAGCGGAGAAUGUGCCUCUGUAUGCCAAAACUGCUGCUUACGGUUUGAUGAUUCCAUGUGGUAUAAACUUCCUUAACAUCGAGGAAGAUACCAAGUGGGAUCCAGAUUUGUCCCAAGAUGAGUCCGACACGGACCCCUUGAGCAUUGGCGAGGUCGCAGUGAAGAAGGAGCCAGUGGUAAAAGAGGAAGUUGCCAUGCCUGUCCUGCGUGAUCAGUUUCCCGAGGAGACACAGGCCAGCAGUUUUGUUAAAACUAAAGCCAGUUCCUUCGGUACGUGUGUGGGAACCUUCUCUGGUUUGGACUUCCUUAGAGAACAUGAGACUCUUGGCAGCGCUAGUGACAUGUACAACAUGUCGUUGGACUCGAAAAACAUUUUCAUGCAUUUCCUGGAGCAUUCGGAAGAGGACAGUCCUUGCUACGUGUACAGCGAUGUAAGUCAAGAAUUCGAACAGGGAAGUGACUUCGUGACGAGCGAUUCUUUCAAGCAGGAAAGUGAUUACGUAAUUAGUGAGUCUUUCAAAGAGGAGAGUGACUUUGUGACGAUUGAGUCUGUGAAACAGGAGAGCAAGGAUGACGGCGGAUGCGUCAGCAAAGACGACGAUGAUGAGUUGUUUUCUUGUGCUUUCUGCUCUGCCAACUUUCACCAUAGGCGCACAAUUGCUGCACAUCUUAAGACUCACGAAACUCAUAGUUGAGAAAAAAAUUUGCUGUGAAAAUUUUUUAUGCCAAUUUCUAUUGGAAGAAUUUGUUUUUUUUUUUAAUUAAAGGACAUUCUCUGGUUCGUGAAGCUAAGUUUCCAUUUAAAAAUAGAUUAUCAUGUACAUAUUUUAAACUGGCAGUGUGAAACCAUUAUUGUGUGAUAUUUAUUACGCCAUUUUACUCAUGAGAGUAUCCUGAAUGUACAUAGACAUAUAUUUAAUAAAGGGGAACAUGCCUGUGUCAGUGUUUAGAAUUAGUGGUAAAAAGAAAAAUGAAGUAAGGCAGAGACCCAAAACAUGAACAUAAAAAAAAUUGAUUUUUAGUUUGUAUUAAAUUGGCCGAAAAUGCUUUGUGAUUGGCUAGAUACCACGAGGCAAAACUCACUUGGCGGAACAAUGCUUUCUCCUCCAGUUUGAAGACUGUAUCGAGAACAGUGUCUAAUUAAAUCUUUCUUAAGCGGG